AUAUAAAUUUGUUUUGUUGCACAAAUCAUUUUCAAUUCAAAUUUGAUGAACAUACUGUAUGUGCAUUGGAUGAUGCUUUGUACUCGCCUACCAAAACCCUCCAAUAGACAUUUUGGUAGCAAUGUGGUUUGUGGUUGAGGCAUCCUUUCAUUUUAAAUCACCACAUAGUCACAUCUCAUGAACUUUUUCAGGGACAAUUAUAUUUAAGGGCUCGGAUCGAAGCUGCUCCCUCUCGAAAUGAAGAACUGCUGGGUAUUUGCUCUACUUUUUACAAAUGUUUAUUUCACAAAUGCAAUUCAAAAGGACAAACUUUUCCCUUUUGGACUAUCUGAAGGCGAUUCAGUUCUUCAAGAAGGUGAUGAUGAAGUGUCUGAAGCCCUGAAGCUAAAAAAGCCAUUACAGUUCUACGAAGUGCAGUUCAACAUUCUUUAUGUUGCCACAAAUGGCUUCUUGUCCCUUCAGCUUCCUCCAGAAGAGAGACAGUAUUUAAGAACCAUGUUUCCUCUGAGCUUCUCAGUCAUAGCUCCUUUCCUGACAGACAUUCGUUCAGGACAUGGGAAAGGAUCUGUGUUUUACCGUGUGGAGGAAUCUUUAGAUGUAUUAAACCGGGCUUCUAUUAUGGUGCAGCAUGGUUUCACUGGUUCUACAUUUAAGUCGAGCCACACAGUCAUCGCCACAUGGGACAACAUUGCAUGUGAAGAGGACAAGCUACUCCAAUCACCAUUUAUGCAUUGUGUAAGCAGUUUCCAGGUUGUGUUGGCUGGUAAUAAAUCAGAUACAUAUGCCUUGUUCCUGUAUCCUGAGGAUGAGCGGCAGAUGCUAAAUAUCAGUCACAAUUAUACUAACAUGGCAAAAGGAUAUGCUAAACCUCAGGUAGGUUUUAACAGAGGUGACACAUCUAACACAGAAGAGCUGUUCUACAGUCUGUUUGGCUCUGGUGAGACCACCAAUAACCUCCAAAAGGCAGGGAACACUGGGGUAAAUGGACUGUGGAUUUUCCACAUUGGAACCAGCCGCUUCCCAUUCAAGAAGGUAGUUCCUGCUUCGGUCUCCAAGCCUGUGGAUUCUAUGGGUAGCUUGCGUAAAACCACAGAUGAAGAUUUCUACAUUACAGUAGAAUCAAACACACCUGCAGAUAAAUCUACUUCUGAGGCCCAAAUGGACAUCCCAGCUUCACUUGUUCAACAGCCCUUAAAACCAAACCAAGAACUACUACAUGCUAUUUCAAAUAAUGGAACCAAAAUGUGUGGCUUGCACUUGAAAUUCUGCUCCCAGGAUGGUUACUGCACUGACUAUCCAACUGGUCCAUGCUGUCAUUGCCGUUCUGGUUACUAUGGCAAUGGCAGACAAUGUUUACCUAUGGGAAUUUCUCAGCCUUUAAGUGGAAAGCUGAGUGGCCGUGUUUCUGUUGGAGACACUAAAGCUCAGCUAAACAAUGUGGACAUCCAUGGCUUUGCUGUGGUGGGGGAAGGACGCGUAUACAUCUCUAUCAGUCCUGUCCCAACUCAGGCAGGUUGGGCUUUGAUGGCUGUGGGUCCGCUGGUCUCCAUAUUUGGCUGGUUGUUUGCUCUUGAGCUCCAAAACCAUCCGAAUGGCUUCAGCAUAACUGGUGCUGAGUUUUCUCAAUGGGCAGAACUGGUUUUCAGCCCACAAGGCCAGCGUGUUACCAUUAUUCAAGAGGCUCAAGGAAUGGAUUCAUUCAACCACUUGAAUUUUGACAUAAGGAUCAAUGGAGAUUUACCUACAAUUCCCAGUGGUGCUAAAGUUCAUAUUCUGCCAUAUAAAGAGACCUAUCAAUACAACCAAACAGUUGUGACAUCAUCUUCACUGCGAGAGUACAUGGUGGUGUCAGAAAAUGGUGGAUCUGAGACAUUCUCCUACCUGCUACACCAGAAUAUGAGUUUCCGUAACUGUGAGCAUAGCCCGUGGACCAUACCGGACUUUCAGCAAGUGAAUGUGGAGUAUUUGAUGGUCAUGUUCACCGAAGGAACCACGCUUAGGUUUGCCAUAACCAACCAAGUGGGACCUGUAGGAGGUGAGCUCCCGGGGCUUGUGGAGUUGAACCCCUGUUCAACUGGGAAGCACCAUUGUGACCCCAUGGCCCUCUGUCUGCCAGGGGACGGCACUCAGUACCACUGUCAGUGUGCCAUGGGCUUUCAGGGCGAUGGACGCAACUGCUAUGAUGUAGAUGAGUGUGCUGAGGGGCUCAGUUCCUGCGGUCCUCACUCUGAGUGUGUGAACAUGCCAGGUGGCCAUCACUGCCACUGUGAAUCUGGCUUUGAGUUUGACCUCGAUUUGCAUGUGUGUGUGGAUAUUGAUGAGUGUUUUCUGCAGCUCUGUCAUCCGUUUGCUUCCUGCUCCAACACCCAGGGCUCAUUCCACUGCCAGUGCUGGCCUGAAUACAAGGGCGACGGCUUCCUCUGCCAACCACCACAGAAGCCCAAACCUCCAUUAACUGUGUGCCAGCAGCACAGAGAUAGUCUGCAAGAGAGUCUAAGCAUCUACCAAGGCCUUGAGGCCUUCAUUCCUCAGUGUGAUGAGAAAGGGCAGUACAAACCCCUGCAGUGUCUGGGCACCACUGGCCACUGCUGGUGUGUGGACAGUAGAGGGCAGGAGAGAUUGGGGACCAGGACAAUGCCUGGCACGGUGCAUGCCAACUGUGAUCAGCCAGCUGCCCUGGUUCCCCGUGUGGAGACUGUGUGCGAGCGCUGGAGGCUUUCACUUAUGAGUCACUAUAAUGGUCAGCCAUCCUCUCAGGACUACAUGCCCCUGUGUGACACUCACGGGAAUUUCCUGCCUGUGCAAUGUUACGGCAACAGCAGUUUCUGCUGGUGUGUGGAUCAACAAGGCGUGGAAAUUAUUGGAACACGAUCCUAUGAUGAUGUAAAGCCCCCCUGUAUCUCAGGUGAUGCCCCUCCAUUGAACAAUGCAUUGAUGUAUCCUGUCAUAAGCUCAUCCCCUUCAGGACCUGCUAUCCUUUAUGCACAAGCCUCACAGAUUGGAGUCAUUCCUCUUGAUGAAACAGACCCAGUUCAAGAAAAAUCCACUGUUUUACUGGCUUUAAAGGACUCUGUUGUGAUUGGAAUGGACUAUGACUGUCGGGAGAACAUGUUAUAUUGGACAGAUUUUGGACGACAUACCAUUAACAGAGUGGUCUUAGUAUUUGGGUCUGAGCCAGAGGCUAUUGUCAGCCAAGGCUUGGUCCAGCCAGAGGGAAUUGCAGUGGACACUGUGCACAGGAAGCUGUUCUGGGUAGACAGUGGGAAAGACAGGAUUGAGACAUCUGGUCUGGAUGGUAGGAACAGAAAAGUGCUGAUUGAUUCUGAUUUGGUCAAUCCCAGAGCCAUCAUAGUGGACGCUAAGAGUGGAACCUUAUAUUGGACGGACUGGAACCGUGAUGCUUCCAAAAUAGAGAGCUCAUCACUGGAGGGACAUAAGAGGAAAGUACUGGUGCAAGUGGGUCUCAUGUUGCCCAAUGCCUUGACACUGGACUUCACCACGAAUCAGCUGUGCUGGGCAGAUGCAGGCUCAAAGAAACUGGAGUGCAUAUCUCCAGAUGGGACUCAGAGACAUGUGUUCCAGGAUGCUUUGGAUUAUCCGUUCAGCCUGGCCAUCUAUAACAGCCACUUUUACUACACUGACUGGGAGAGAGAUGGAAUACUGGUGAUAGAUCAAAUCACUAGGAAAAACACAGCUUAUGUCCCUAUUCAGCAGUCACACUUGUAUGGGAUUACAGUAAUUCCAUCGCAAUGUCUAUAGAGACCUGCAGACUUGCCUAUAUGGAUCUUUGGUUCUGUAACAGAAAUGUGAGAAAAUAAAUAACAAAACGAAACAAAAUUGUCCGAAAAAACAUUUUGCUUUUAAGUAAAUGCUACCCAGUGUUAUUUUUAUAUUAUCUAUACUAUUAUAGUUUAGUAAUAUUUUGUAUUAGCUUUUAUUAUAAUUUUUUGUUUUAAUUUUAUUUAAAAAAUUUUUUUUCAUUUUGUCAUGUGCUAUUGUCAUUUUUGUAGUUUUUUUUUUUUUUUUUUCAGUUUUAGAUUUUAUUUAUUUCCAGGGCAGUGAGUAAUUUUAGUGCUUAUUUCCAUUCUAAUUUUCAUUCAGUUUAGAUUUUUUCCAUUUAAUAUUUAUAUUUUAUUUCAGCUUUAUUUUAAUUAACAAAAAUGUAUUUAAUAGUUUAAUUCUAGUUACUGAUAACAAUGCUGACGCCAAUCCAAAACAGGCUGAAAUUCUAUCUGAAGUCCAGUAUUUUCACCAAUGGGUGGCGCUGCUAACUAACUUGUUGAGAAAAUAGUUCAUUCCAAAAGCCUGAAUGGUUCAAAAUGGUCCAGUGUGUAUAAAUUAAAAAUAAACUAGAUGAUGUCAAAGCAGAUGCAGAUUUCAGAUUUUUUUAUAAGAUAAACAAGUUUUUAAGUUAAAUAUAUAUGAAAUAAAAUACAAUAAAAAUUAAGUUUUUUUAUUUUCAUAAAUAGUUUUCAUAUCAAUGCAUAGCUUUUAUGUGAUGCCUGUC